AUGGAGCAGGAGAGCUCUGGGUUUGGGGGCUGCACUGGCCAAGGCGAUGUGCCUGGCAGGGUGGGCAGCUCGGGGACACCAGCCCACGCCUGGACCCUCGCCCCUGCCCAGAGAUGCUGGGGACCGGCUGGGGGAUGUGACCAGCUCUUGUCUCUCCUUGUAGCCUGGAGAAAGUUUCUGCUUCCCCAGAAUCCAGACGUGGUGACCCUGGAUCCAAACUCGGCUCAUUCCCAACUUGUCCUGUCAGCGGAUGGGAGAAGUGUGAGAAGGGGAAGAGCACGGCAGGACCUGCCCGACACCCCUGAGAGAUUUGACACUCGGUGCUGUGUGCUGGGCCAGGAGGGGUUCAGGGAGGGUGAUUCCUGGUGGGCUGUGGGGGUGGCCAGGGACUCUGUGGACAGGAAGGGGGAUGCGGACCUGAGCCCUGCAGGAGGGAUCUGGGGACUGGGGCACUGCGAAGGGCACUAUGAAGCCUGGUGGGAGAGGAGCGUGGAGGCACCCGCCACCUGCUCCUGGGUGGGCGAGGGUCGGGCAGCCGGCACUGUGGAGGAGCAAGGGGCGGAGGCAGAGAGAGGCCUCGGGGUGCUGAAGGUCUCCCGUGGGUGCCAGGAGGUGGGGUGA